AUGGGAAGCAAGACUGUUUUGCUUCUGACCGUGGGGGUCCUCGGGGCAUAUUACGUUUACACACCCCUCCCAGAUAACGUUGAGGAGCCGUGGAGACUAGAGUUGAUGAAUGCACAUGUGAAAAUUAUAACAAAUUUGGCUCUGUUUGCUGAACUAUUGGGAAUCGACCAUUUUUUGAACAUUUUAACACUCUUUAUGGGCUUGCAAGAAGUCCCACCCACAUCUGAUGAAAAUGUCACUGUGAUGGAUACAACUUUCAACAAUGUUCCUGUCCGUGUAUAUGUACCAAAACGAAAGUCAGAGACACUAAGAAGGGGCUUAUUUUAUAUUCAUGGUGGUGGUUGGUUCUGGGGGAGUGCUGCUUUACUUACCUACGACUUUCUGUCAAGACGGACAGUUGAUCGACUUGAUGCUGUUGUCAUUUCAACCAACUACAGACUAGUACCUAAAUAUCACUUUCCGGAUCAAUUUGAAGAUGUAUAUAAUGCAUUAAGGUGGUUCUUACGCCAAGAUGUUCUUGACAAGUAUGGUGUAGACCCUGAAAGAGUUGGUAUUUCUGGAGACAGUGCUGGAGGGAAUUUAGCUGCAGCAGUGACUCAACAGCUCAUCGAUGACCCAGAUGUCAAGAUCAAACUCAAGACCCAGUCUUUAAUUUAUCCUGCGCUUCAGACUCUUGAUAUGGAUUUACCAUCAUAUCGGGAAAACUCACAUUUUCCAGUGCUGUCCAAAUCACUCAUCGCUAGGCUCUGGAGUGAAAUCUUUACCACGGACAGAUCUCUUGAAGAAGCCAUGCUUGUCAAUCAACAUGUACCAGUGGAAUCAAGCCAUCUGUUCAAAUACGUUAAUUGGAGUUCCUUGCUUCCUGAGAAGUUUAAGAGAGGGCACUUUUAUAACAGUCCAACUCUUGGUAGUUCUGAGCUGGCUAAGAAAUAUCCAGGGUUUCUAGAUGUGAGGGCAGCCCCCUUGUUGGCUGAUGACGACAAGUUGCGUAGUUUACCCUUGACCUACGUCAUCACCUGUCAAUAUGACGUGUUAAGAGAUGAUGGAAUCAUGUACGUCACCCGACUUCGGAACGCUGGAGUCAGGGUGACCCAUAACCACCUUGAGGGUGGAUUGCAUGGAGCAUUUUCCUAUCAUGGAUUUAAAAUUGCAUAUAGAAGCGAAAAUCACUAUAUGAACUGGCUAAGGGAAAAUUUAUAG